GCUAGGACUCAUGCUGGCCACUGAAGUAAUCGAGGAGUUGGAGUGCCUUAAUUGCACACUGCAGAAACAAACAGAAACCGUGUCUGGAAUGCUCUCUUCAGCAGAUUGUGUGAGAGGACCACCCUGAGGGCAAAGAGAACUGAGGAGAAGUUCCAGGAGAGGUAUAUCAACGCAAUGGAGAGGAUCACCAAGCUAAAUAUUCAGCCCAUAACCAUGCCCCACCUCCGCCGUCCACCAAAAGCUUCAUUGGCAAUGCCCCUACUGCAUACUCACCCACAACCCCAGAAGAAUACCACAGAGCUGACUUCUUCAAGGCGCUGGAUCAUCGGCGUCGGCAGACCCUUUUCACCGGGGCACGUGCCCUGUUGUGGAUCUGCGGUGCCUGGGCAAACGGAUCAUGUUGGUCAAAGUCAAGUUCAGAGGCAUCCAGAAAUUCAUCAGCAUUUCUGAAGCCAAGAUCAGUGAACUGCUUGAGUGUGGCACCAGCUGUUGGCCAGUCGACACCAGCUGUAAGUCAAGAGGACUCUGAUACUGACUCUACUCACAUUCUGAGCGAUGAAAGUCCCCAGCGGAAAAAGGUCAAGACCAAAUAGGUCUGAGGCCCAUGCUGGUCGACAAUGAAGAGACGGCCCGCCUCUUGUGCUGAAGAAGAUGACAGCAGACUCCCCAGACCAACUUGCAAUCUACGAGUGAUCUUGGUCUGGAACGGGAACAUAAAGAGCUCAUCUAACGGAACGGAAAAACAAACAACUUCUUUUCAUGGGAUAAUACAGAAAAAAAAAAUCCUGAGAAGUCCCAUCCGCUAGAUGCCAUUCAAUUGUCCAUAAUGCAUUUUUAAAAAGACGAACACGCAAACAAUGUCCGUCUGACCGACGGACAGUCUCCUCCCAGUCGGAGCAACACCCUACUGGUACUGAUACUUGGACCGCCAGUCUCCUCCCAGUUGGAACAACACCGUACUGGUAAUGAUACUGGGACCGCUAGUCUCCUCCCAGUCGGAACAACACCCUACUGAUACUCGCGUCAGAGCCGAACCACUGGACCAGAAGGCAGCAAAACAACACAGCCUUGGAUAGUCAGACGUGGUUUAUUGGAUAUGAAGUAGAAUAAAGGUUAGAAGAUGACCGGACUCGCCCAGUACUUCGCGGUGGUCGGAGUGGACCCGGAUUCCGGCCUCGAACCCCAACAUCUAACAGGAGAAGGAUUUGACCAGAGCCCGAUCCGAAGGUCGUUUAAGUCGAAGGUUCUAGUCCAUUACCCAGAGAGCACAGACCGCUGUCCCUUUAAUAAAGAUGCUGUCAACCUGCUGUGCAUGCCCCGGGGGCUGGUGUUCCGGACGCAGUCAGACGCCCGGGAACCCCUCUUCCACUCCUUCACCAUCACCGCCGACGACGGCACACGCACCUACGGCUUCGUCCACACCUUCUACGAGCGGGUGACCAACCCCCGUAUCACCACCGCCAUGCAGACCUUGUUCCAGAUGCAUCGCGUGGAGCACCAGGCGUCGAGCUCGGCCUCCUCCCCCUCCUCCUCCUAUGGGUCCUCUCCCUCCGCCUGCAGCAUGGAGUCCCUUCUCAGCAGUCUGGACGGCUCCGACGCCGACUCCCUGGCGGGCGGGGGGGGGGGCUCUCCCUGUCCGGGCUGCACGGCGUCCUUUGACCCGGCCAGCGACACCUUGUACGGCUCCAAGGCCCUCUGUCUCCUCAUGCCCCUCCCCUUCCUGCAGGCCGCCCGCAACUUCCUGUCCCAGUUGUACCAGGCUGUGAUGUCCCCGGCGGCCCCCCCGCUGCCCUUGGAGAGCUACAUCCACAACGUCCUGUAUGAGGUGCCGUUGCCCCCCCCUGGGCGGUCCCUCCGGUUCCACGGGGUCCAGGGGCCCAUCGUGUGCCAGCAACCCGACGCAACCGACCUGCCCCUGGGAGACUACCCCCUGGGGGACGCCUUCGCCCUACUGGGGGUGGACAACGUGGUCCGUCUGCUCACCUGUGUGCUGCUGGAGAUGCAGGUCCUGCUGUACUCUCGAGACCUGCAGUGUUUGAUGACCGUGGCGGAGGGCAUCACCUGCCUGCUGUUUCCCUUCCAGUGGCAGCACAUCUACCUCCCCAUCCUGCCUGGCCCUCUGCUGCACCUGCUGGACGCCCCCGUCCCCUUCCUGAUGGGGCUCCAGCGCAGGGACGGGGUUCAAAGGUCGUCCCUUAACCUGCCCAGUGAGGCCACCCUGUGUUUCGUGGACAUUGAUAACAGGAGCCUGGAGGUCCCAGAGGGCCUGCCUUCCUUCCCGGACCAGGACCAGCUGGCCCAGGAGCUGAGGGAGGUGCUCCUGCGCUACGGAGUGACCUCCCAGCCCGCCUCCUCCCCCCCUCCCCCUGCCUCCCCCUCCCCCCGCCCCACCGCCUCCCUGGUGCUGGAGGACCUGAUAGAGGACAGGCAGAACGGGAACCUGGGCGGCGAGGAGCUGGCGGUGUUGGAGAGGCUGCAGGCCCUGGCCUGCAGAGGGCGCUGUCUGACGGGUCCGCUGGAGGACCGGGAGCAGAAGGAGCUGCGGUCGGCCAAGAUGAACGUGGAGCUGAGGGAGGUGGUCGCCGGGCGGCUGGCCGCCGUGUUCGGCCGCUACGAGGAGUUCGUCUCUCACAGCGCCUCGGACCUGGACUCCUGGCUCAGCAACCCAGAGGGGACCUGCAGCUUCCACAAAGGUUCCUUCCUGUCCAUCCAGCCUGUGAGUCACCUUCACUUCCUCUCCCGCUUCCUGGAGACGUCCUUGUUUUUAGCGUUCGUGGACAGGAAGUUGAUCUCGCGCUGGGUGGACAGCGAGCCGCUACAGCGUCUGUUUGACCAGCGCCUGGAGCGGGGGCGGGGGGUACCCCAGGUGCCGCCCGGCUGUCAGAAGGGGCCGGCGCUCUUUGAGCCAGUCCAGACGGGGGAGCAGCGGCUCCUAAAGACGGACCACACGGCCAUCCACCCCCACCUGCUGGACAUGAGGAUCGGACAGGGUCUGCACCAGCCAGGCUUCUUCCCCACCCUGCAGGCCGACGUGCUCAGCCGCCACGCCCCCAACAAGAGGUCGCGUCGGGUCACGGGGUCACGAUGGACCGAACCCAAGAGAACCACAAACAGGGAACCCUCAGGAACCGACAAUGACCAGAAUCACAAGUGCUCGUUCAGGAGGAGGAACCUGUGUUAUUCCAGACUGUUGGACCCCUCCCCUUCAGCUGUCACUCAAACCCACAGGGAGUUUGUCUACGGGCUUCUGAACGAGUGUCGCCUGAAGACCAAGCGCCUGCUGGUGGAGAGGAUAGGGAAGGAGAGCCUGGAGGCGGGGGGCCCGGGGGACCUCUCCGGCCUGCAGGAGGGGACGCUGAUCCAGGGUCUGUGUGACCUGCUGGAGAGGACCUGGGGCCACGGGCUGACGCUCAAACAGGGCCCUUCCACGCUGUGGUCCCACCUGCUCCACUACCAGGCAGUCCGGGGGAAGAGCGACUCGCCGGCCCGGCCUUCAGGGGUCUCUGGGCAGGAUCCUAGAAGGUCUGAGGAGGACUCGCUGGCCCCUCUGAAGGGGACUCUGCUGCAGGACAUGAGGUUCGUCCAGAGGAUGAGUGAAGGUCUGUCUGAGGUGGCUCUGGUCCGGGCCUGGAUCCACCUGGCGCUGGAGAAGAAGCUCCUCUCCAAACAUCUCAAGGAGCUGCUCUCCGACCAGGAGCUGCUCAGGCAGCUGUACAGGCCCCAUGCCUUCCUGCUGUGUGGGGAGGAGCGAGAGCAGUUCCUGUUCCACCUCCUGUCUCUGAACGCGGUGGACUACCUCUGCUUCACGCGCGUCUUCACUGCCAUCAGUAUUCCGUAUCGCGUUGUCAUCAUCCCCGUGAAGAAGCUCAGCAUCGCCAUGACAACAGUCAACCCCUGGGUGUGUGUGUCCGGAGAGCUUGGGAACUCGGGGGUCCGACAGAUCCCCAAAAACACCCAGGAGAUCUUCUUCCAGUGUCAGAAUCUGGGCCGCCUCAGCACCCUGCAGCUGGGGCAGGACAGCGGCGGCCUGCUGGCCAAGUGCUUCAUCGAGUGUGUGGUCGUCUACAACGAGGUCACUGGACACACUUACAAGUUCCCCUGUGGCCGAUGGCUGGGCAAGGGCGUGGGGGACGGAAGCUUGGAGAGGGUUCUGAUUGGUCAGCUGGUGUCCCCGGGAGCAGAGGAGGAUUCUGGGAAAUUGUCCGGGACAACUCCAGCUGAAUUGGGUUCUCCGCCUCAGGCUGUGCAGGCGGUCUUAGGAUCCCUCGGAGGACGCAGCAAGAUCCUGUCCACUGAGGUCCAGGAGGAGAUGAGAGAGGCGGCCAACAACCUGGUGAAGCACUUCCACAAGCCGGAGCAGGAGAGGGAGAACCUGACGGUGCUGCUGUGUGGGGAGGGGGGGCUGGUGCAGGCGUUGCACAAGUUCUUCCUCCAUGGCCUCCGCUCCAACCGCCUCUUCCAGAGGAAUGUGUUCGUUUGGGACUUUGUGGAGAAGGCAGUGGUUUCCAUGGAUACGGUGGAUCAAACUGAUGACCUGCCAGGCUCUGAGUCUCAGCGGAUGCCUGCUGCCUCACUAUGCCACUACGUGCAUGCCAUUAAUGACUCCCCCAGAAACAUGGGCAAGGAAGGGAAGUUCCAGCUGUUCCUGUGCCUGGGAGUCAGGGACGGGCUGAUCUCUCGGUGGCUCCCCCUGCUGGCAGAGAGUCCCCUGACACCGCGGACGUUCGAAGAGAGCGCCCUGCUCAGGGACCGCAGUGCUGUGGACUCCGUCUCGCGCGUCGUGCACACGCUGCACGGGUUCACCGUCACGCUGGAGGCCUCCCUGGUCAGGGGGGUCACCCUCUGACCCCUCCUCCUUCCAGAAGAGCCUCAUGGAGCGGAGAGUACUCCACGACCAACGCACCAAGACUGCAGAUUAACUGAUUCAACUGUAUUAUUAAACACCAUUCCACAUUAGAGAGAAGAUAAUGGGAGGAGAUGGUGAUUCUGGCUUCGCAGCGCCUAGUGCAGCAUCCCUGCUCUCCUCCUCAGAUAAUUGUAAUGUUUGCACAACUUUUGUACCUGCAUGGCUAAAAUGGUAUCUCUGGGGCUUUGAUUUAUUUUUUACUUUGACAUGUUCGCUAACAAUACCACGUUUUAUUUUUGUUUUAUAUCUUCUCUGGCUUGAAGCAAUGCACUGGACACAUUCAGGGUGGCACCAGGUUUAGGUGUUUAUAUACUGGGUUACUGAACUGCUCAAAUGUAUUCCCUGACUAAGUUAGGGAAACUAAGCUGGUACGUAUGAAAAUAACCUCACUGUGAACCAUCUUCUCUGCUUCACCUCUAAAGGAGUUGUGGCUUUAUGUAUCGGUAUGGUUUAUGUUAUAGUGAGGUGUAUAGCUCUUAGCACAAUGUGUUACAUGAAUAAUGCUUGUGUUUGUGUUUAAUUGUUUAUGUCUGUAAGAGAUAGAGACUUUGCAUACAGGUUCCAACAAGAACUAGAAAUACCAUGUUGCAGUUGCAUUUAACUUGUUUGGGAACUAUUUAAUGUUUUAACUAUUGAGGGAAAGUCAUUGCAUUGUCCUGUAACCAUUAACUCUCAAUGAUCACCUAUUAUUGUUAAAUUAUAGAUGAGUGUAAGCAAUAAGUUAUUUCUAUAUUAAUGAAAGGCAUUGUUGAGAUGCAAGAAUAAAUUGAUGUGACAUAUGGCUACUGGUAAUACUGGUGUUCUUUGCUGUUUACUCUAUGACUCAGUUUUUGGUUGACUAGUCCUGUCACAUGGCUAAAGGGCAGGCAAAUAAAUAUAUAUUUUUUUGAGACUAAAAUGUAAUCUUUUCCAGCUGUCCUCUCUUACAGAGCCGUAAAAUUAAUCUAGAGGCACAGAUCCUAAAAUAAUAGACAUACUUUAUUAAUCCCAGGUGAGAAAUAUCACUCAUGUUCUAAUGGGCAGAUUUCCCUAUAAAAGUUUCCUCUGGUUGAAUAAAUAUCUACAUUUCUGGGGAAUUUAAGAUCUCCCAACAUAUGUCACAUCUCUACAGACAAAGACUAGAUAGACCGAGAGAGACAGACAAAAACUCUCCAACUAGUGAAAUUGAAACUAUAGCUUGAAGCAUUAUCCAAAUGUAGGCCUACUUAUACAAUUUGGCACAAACUGGUAAAUAAUAUACUAUUAUGUGUGGGCCAUUAGGAAUCAUAGGACAAAAUGACUGGGAAAGAAAUGCUGUCUCUUUAUUACAAUUGCACUUAUCACUUAGAAAUGUCAUUAUUUUUUAAAGAUUGGCAGUUUUUUUCCAUUCAAUUAAAUUAAUCAGAAAUACAGUCUAGACAUUGUUAAUGUGGUCAAUGACUAUUCUAGCUGGAAACGGCAGAUUUUUUAUAGAAAAUCUACAUAGGUGUACAGAGGCCCAUUUCCAGCAACCAUCUGCGUUCUAAUGGUACAAUGUUAAGUUUAGCUAAUCUUGUUGAAAGGCUAAUUGAUGAUUAGAAAACCCUUAUGCAAUUAUGUUAGCACAGCUAAAAACUUGUGAGGAAGACCUGAAAUUGUCUGGUUGACCCCAAACUUUUGAACGGUAGUGUAGAUAUAGAGAUAGAGUUAGAGAGAGAACGAUACAUUUGUACUUUUUACGCUGUGCUGAGCUAACAUGUUGCCUAACAUCCGUUUUUUCUAGAGUCAGCACAAGAACUGAGUGGACCGGUGUGGGGUCUUUAAAGGUCCCUGGUCUUAGAACUCUCUCCACGUAGUAAACGAGAUGAACCGACGGAGCAUCUGGACGCCAUAGUAAAACACAAGCGCCGCCCCUUUGCUUACAUUCUUCAA